UGCAUUCCUGUUUUUCCAUUGGCUGGAUCUUGAUUGCAGUCUUGGUUGAUUGCGCUAAGACGCGUAAAGUCUUUGUUCACCUGAGACGCGUCUUUUGCUCCCUUGCCCUUGGAUGCUGCUGCCCACUUGCCCUUGCCGAAAAGUGUCCACCGUCCCUUGCGAAAAAGUCCACUUUGACCCCCGUCCUGCCCGUCACUGUCCAAUCCCGUGGUUGCAGGCCGAUUUGACGCCUGGCCUUGUUGGGCACAGCUCGCAAUUUGAUCAACGUCAUUCCAAUGGCGUGCAUCGGCAUCCGUGCACCAUCAACCAGUCCAGAACAUCAAGUCAACAACAGCUCUAGCUCUCUACCCUACCCCAGAUCGUCACCUACCUUGUCGGCGAUAUCAACGACGACGAACCACCGCCAAAAGCAAAAAUGGCAGACGACCGAAUGGAAAUCUCCGACGAGGAGGGUUCCUCCCUCUUCGCAUCGCCCACUCAUCCUCCCACCUCCCGCGCGCAUCCCCCGUCGCAAGCGCAACAACAGCAGAAAACUCCCGUCGCUUCGAGUGCAGCAGCAGCCGCCUCCGCAGCCAAGGACCCCGCCACCAAUCAGAGCAGUAGUCGCUCAUUCGGCAUCGACAACACCACGAUCGAGAGUCGCGAAGCCGCUCUACAGCGAGAGCUAGAAGGAGUGCGCAAAAUCAACCAAGUGAUCGAAGGCGUCAUCGGUACAUUGGAGCGCGCAAAGGGGAAUAUGGGUACCGUAAACCGCACAAUCCACUCCGCCUCCCACCUCCUCACAACCUGGACCCGCAUCCUCUCCCAAACCGAACACAACCAGCGCCUUCUGCUCAACCCCUCCUGGAAGGGCGCCACUGCAGAUCUAAUCGAAAUCGAAGCCGAAGCCCUCGAGCGACAGCGCGAAGCCGAGCGCAAGGCCGCCGAAGCCGAGCGCAAGCGGGAAGAGGCGCGCCGCAAAGCAGAAGAAGAAGCGGAACGGAGACGCUUGGCUGCUACGAGUACCACAGGGGUAGGCAGGGGGAGGCCGAGGAGUAGAUCUGUUGGCGUGGCCAGUUCGAGGUAUGGGAUUGGAGUUACGAGGAGCGCGACUAGUGCGGCGGGGACGAGGGGG